CAUAAAUUGAUCGUAUAUAGGUGGUAGGAAAAGUCAAUGCAUUUUAUAAUAGGGUUGAAAUCCCAUAGGAAGAGGAGGCCUGGUAUACAUUAAUAUCAGACAUUUUUACCUUUUUUCUUGCUUUAUACACAUGAUUAUACACUUUUACCCUUUUUCUUGCUUAUACACGUGCUUAUACUUUAAUAAUCACAAUACUAUCUUACGUAUCGGAGGUCUCUCCCAGCAACACGUCAAGGGAUCUCUAACCUUUUGUCGUCUUUGAGCUCAUGUACAAGUCAAUUCCCGAUGACUCUAGGGCGCAUCUCAACAACUUUUAUAGCUGGUUCAGGUGGUACAAAUUUUUAUGUUUGUGUAGAGGUUUCACCCUCAUGGUAUUCUAGUAUCAUUUUAGGUUGUGGUAUCGAUUCAUGGAGCACUAAGAUACAUCAGUUGCGGAAUAGUAUUAGACAACACACACAAAAUGCUUGAUAGAAGUUGAACAUGAUGAGAUCAGAGUUUCGGGCCAUAUUAUGACGUCGUGUAAUAGUAUUGAUCAAUUCGAUGAUGACGACUUGAACGAAUCCUUAUUGACUUGGCGACGUUUUGGCCUACUCGCAUGAGACCUGUGAUUUACGUGAAAUGUGAAACAGUAUCAAAAUGAAAGUUGCCGAGUUGGAGAACUUAAUAGAAUCCUGUCGAUAUCAGCCAAUAGUUGAACCAUGAUUCCAGUUUAAAUUUAGUUUUUACUUGUAAUUGACCGUUCGAUAUUCUAAAAUGACCUACUAUUCUUCUCCUUCCAAAGUCACCAUGUCAUGAAGCAUAGCAGUAAAACCACCAUCUUUCUCCAUCUAAUGGAUUUUGGCCUGAUGAAGAGUUCAUUACUUAAAUAAGUGGCAAAGGGGUGUUCACUGUACAAAAAAGCAUCAAAACCUUUACUAAGCACACAUAGAGUAUAUGUAGCCUACUCUCCACCAAGACGAAACUUGAAUAACCAAGUUCUCCACGAAAUAUGAAGAAACGUCUAGAGACAUUCAAUUUCCUAUUAGUCAAACAGAAUAUCUUUUGUUAUAGUUAUAAAUUGCCCACUCCACAUCGCUCUCUUUCCAUAUGCACUCAUAUAGCACAGCAGGGCAACACUCCUCACCACACAUUUCCUUUUCCCAAUAUUUUCACUUUCCAAACCAUCAAUGAUUCUUCCUGCUUUUGGUGGACUUGGUGAAUCUGAAAAGAAAAAGACAUCUGUAGUAGAGAACAUUCUCCUGUCUAGUGCUGAUAGUGACGCAGUGCUGAAGAUUGCAGACUUUGGUCUCGCUCGAAUUUUAAAUCCAGAUGACUUUGCAGAGACAGUUUGUGGGUCCCCUUUGUACAUGGCUCCAGAAAUUUUACAUUUUCAAAGAUAUGAUGAAAAGGUUGACAUGUGGAGUGUUGGUGCAAUUUUUUUUGAACUUCUUAAUGGCAACCCACCUUUUCGGGGUAGUACUAACGUUCAGCUCCUGCAGAAUAUCAAGUCGUCUACUUGUCUUCCAUUUUCUCGGCUCAUCCUUUCAGAGUUGAACCAUGACUCUGUCGAUUUGUGUUCAAGACUAUUGUCUGUCAAUCCAGAAAACCGUUUGUCCUUUGAUGAGUUUUAUCAGCACAGCUUUCUGAGGAUAUAA